GCCAAUGAAGAAUAUGUUGAAAGUACAAUAUGUAUUCCUUCUGAUUUUCCUUUAGUUUUUGUUGAUGACCCUAUUCCGGAUGAAAAUAGUGCACAAGAAAUAGAAUCGAGUUUGGAUGUAGAAGAUGGUACCAUAGAUGGCCAGGGAGCGAAAGUAUCGCAAAACAAUAAUAAUUUAAUUGAGGAGAGUGAAGUCAACAAUGAUCCGCAACCUGAUUCAGAUUCAGAUAAUGAAAUCAAUGAACAAA